UUCUUACAAAGAUUGUAAAAACAUUGUGAAUCAUCGGAAAGGUUGGAGAAAGAUGGAGAAAAACAAGAGAACUUUUGCGUUUUUGCUUCUGUUGGUGCUUAUCCAUGGAGUAAUGGUGAUGAGAUCAAAUGGGUAUGAAGGAGAAGAAGGGUGGGGAGGAGAAGGAGGAGGAGAUUGGGGAGGAGAAGGAGGAGGAGGUGGAGAUUGGGGAGGAGAAGGAGAAGGAGGAGGAGGAGGAGGAGAGUGGGGAGGAGAAGGAGGACGGGGAGGAGGAGGAGGAGGAGGAGGAAGAAGAGGGUGGUUCAUGAUGAGAGAGUCAAGGCAAGUGAUCAAAUCAGAAGGUGGAGAGAUGAGAGUUGUGAUAUCUCCAAGAGGAAGAAUCAUUGAGAAGCCAAUGCACAUUGGCUUUCUAACAAUGGAACCUAAAACCCUCUUUGUCCCUCAGUAUCUCGACUCAAGCCUCCUCAUCUUCAUUCGUCAAGGUGAAGCUACGCUUGGAGUAAUAUGCAAAGACGAAUUCGGAGAGAGGAGAUUGAAAGCAGGAGACAUCUACUGGAUCCCAGCUGGUUCUGUCUUUUAUUUACAUAACACAGGCCGAGGCCAACGCCUUCAUGUCAUUUGCAGCAUUGAUCCUACCCAAAGCCUCGGUUUCGAAACCUUCCAACCUUUCUAUAUAGGUGGAGGACCGUCUUCUGUUCUCGCUGGCUUCGAUCCCGACACUUUAACCUCAGCACUUAACGUUUCUCGACCAGAGCUGCAAAGAAUGAUGAGGAGUCAAUUCCGUGGCCCGAUUGUACACGUCAUGGAAGGACCAGAAGGCCCACAACCAACGACGACAUGGACCCAAUUUUUGGGGUUAAGAGAGGAAGAGAAACGAAGUCAUCUCAAGAAACUGUUGGAGAUGAAACAAGGAUCCCCUCAAGACCAACAAUACAGUUCAGGGUGGUCUUGGAGGACUAUUAUAAGAUCGUUUAUGGAUCUAAUAGAAGAAAAGAAUAAAGGGUCAGGAUCUUCUGAGUGCCAUGACUCGUACAACAUUUAUGAUCAGAAACCUAGUUUCAAAAACGACUAUGGAUGGAGUACUGCUCUUGAUUAUGAGGAUUACGAGCCUCUUAAACACUCGGGCAUCGGCGUUUUUCUAGUUAAUCUCACCGCGGGUUCGAUGAUGGCUCCCCAUAUGAACCCAACAGCCACGGAAUAUGGCAUCGUUUUAGCUGGAUCCGGAGAGAUCCAAGUUGUAUUUCCAAACGGAACUUCUGCUAUGAACACAAGAGUCUCCGUAGGGGAUGUCUUUUGGAUCCCUCGCUACUUCGCCUUUUGCCAGAUCGCUUCUCGGACCGCACCAUUCGAGUUUGUAGGAUUCACCACGUCGGCUCACAAGAAUCGGCCUCAGUUCUUAGUUGGAUCAAAGUCGCUACUCACAACUCUAAAUGUGACAUCGUUGUCCAUGGCUUUUGGAGUCGACGAAGGGACAAUGAGGGGGUUCAUCGAGCCACAAAGAGAAGCUGUUAUUCUGCCUACUGCAUCGGCAGCUCCUCCACAUGUCGGUUAAUCGGUGCGUUACGGUUUCGGUCGCACUCCUUGUUUGAGGAAUGUGCGGAAAGGUUUUUCUUUUUGAAUGUUUAUGUAUGUAGCUAGCCAUGAGUAUGUACGGAUGUAUGUUUUUGUUACAUUGAAAUAAAAGGUAAUCAUUAAGCAGAUUAUGUUUUA